UGGGGCUGCCUAAAUAUGUCGCGAAAUAACUCCGAAAGAGAAAUCAAAUCAAUAUACAGCCGUAGCUUCUUUAACCACCACCGCCGCCGCCACCUCCUUGGAUCGCCAUCGCCGAACUUAAAUCACGCGCCGCCGCCACCUCCUUGGAUCGCCAUAGCUGAAUUUGAAUUAGUCGUAAUCAACUCUGAGCUGAGAACUCCGCGGCCACCAUUGCAGUGUGCCAAUCGUGAACCAAUCAGUCCUAAUUUGAAGGCCAAAUUUUUCUGAAUUGUACGAAUGAGACGGCCCUUCAUCUUUCUUCUUCUGCUGAAGAUUGUCUUCUCUUCGUUAACGGGAUGUUUUGCCAAUGAAGAAACCUCUCUUACCUUUUCAAAUCCCACCACCUUCAAACAAUAUAGUUCCCUUUUGCCCGUUAUCAACAAGAAAGAUGUAGCAGUAGCACUAGUUAUUGAUGUUGAUGGAGAAGUGUAUAUGUGGGACUUUAAUUCGAGGAAAGUUGUAUGGUCAUGGUCCUCGGGAUUUCCUAUCUAUGCUUCGUAUCAGAAUUUUAAUGAAACUAAUGCAUCUGAGCCCGUAAUUGAGUACGCUGAUAUUGAUGAUGAUUGGCAACUAUAUUUCUAUCGUAGAAACCCCUUUACAAAAGUGAAACCUUCAAAGACUGUGGAAGACUACAUUCGAAGUACUCCACAUGUGUCUAAGGAUGGAGGAGUCACAGUAGGAUCAAGGAGAAGUACCGUUUAUCUUGUUGAUGCUAAUACUGGAAAGCUAAUUCGGACAUAUAAUUUGGCAGAUACUCCAUCCGUAUUGGGUUUUCAGAAUGAGGUAGAAAAUCAAGUUAUGUUGAAGGAAGAUGCCAAAGAGUUCUUAUCAUCUGGGGCUGAGGACUCUGAAACAGUUGAGCAACUCCUUUACAUCACAAGAACAGACUAUGCAUUGCAGCACCAUUCUCCCGUCACUGGAAAAGUUCUGUGGAAUGUGGCAUUUUCUGACUUUGAUGCAACUUUUAAGUUUCCUCAUGAGGUUAAGCCUGUCAUCCUGAGAAUUCGUGAUCAUAGCUGGAAGAAGUCACUUUCUUUAUAUGACAAACGAUUUAAUGGGUUUCCUGGUGGCAGUCCGCUCCCUUUGCCUAAGCUUGAUUCCGAACUCAGUCUUGUCCCAGUACCUUUUAGCCAAAUUCCAAUAGCUUCCAAACACACUACAAGCGGACAGGUACUUGCCCUGCCUUCUCCUAGCAAUGAAAAUAAUGGGGUAAAUGACAGUGGUGUUACUGAAAUGAUCUUCAUGACGUUAACAGCUGGAAUUGUUGCAAGGUUUCCUUUACAAUAUAUCAUUCCAUUUCUGCCCACACAAGGUUAUGGCAACUCGUUAUUUUAUUUUGCCUUUAUGUUCGUCAUCGGUUUUAUCUUUCACCUUUAUGUCAAGUUUAGGAAGCAGAAUGAAUUGAAAAAGACGUUUGAGGAAUUUAAAGUGCAAGUCGCUGUUCCCAAAAAGAAGAAAACUCGGAGAUUGGGAAACAAAAAGGGUAAUGCCAAUAAUGAGAAAAGCCUACAGUACACCAAUGAUGACUAUAAGGCUGGAGAUGCUCACGAUGAAGGAAGUAAAAAUAACUUCCUGUUGACAUUUACGGAUACCAGUGAUCGUAUUGAUGGACGUAGAAUCGGUAAGUUAGUUGUUUCCAGUAAAGAAAUUGCUAAGGGAAGUAACGGGACUGUUGUACUCGAGGGAAUCUAUGACAGUCGUUCUGUAGCUGUUAAACGGCUUGUGCGGACUCAUCAUGAUGUGGCUUUGAAAGAGAUUCAGAAUCUAAUUGCCUCUGAUCAACACCCAAAUGUUGUUCGUUGGUAUGGAGUCGAGUAUGAUCAAGACUUUGUAUAUCUUUCUCUGGAGCGUUGUAUUUGCAGCUUGAAUGACUUGAUUUAUAUUUGCUCCAAGACUUUUCAAAGUCAAGUUACUGCCAAGGAUCAGGAUUUAGAGCUUGUAGAUGAGUAUACUCUUCAACUAUACAGUAUACAGGAGAAGAACAUGGAUGUUGAAUUGUGGAAAGCUAAUGGAUACCCUUCUCUUCAGUUGUUGAAAUUGCUGAGGGAUGUGGUCUCUGGGAUUGUCCAUCUGCAUGAACUUGGCAUUAUACAUCGAGACUUGAAACCCCAGAAUGUUUUGAUCAACAAGGAUAGAUUUUUAACUGCAAAACUUUCAGAUAUGGGAAUUAGUAAAAAACUCCCAGGAGAUCAAUCAUCCAUAACACAGCAUGCUACUGGAUAUGGGAGUUCAGGCUGGCAAGCACCAGAGCAACUUCUUCAUCAGCGCCAAACACGGGCCGUAGAUUUAUUUAGCUUAGGUUGUGUUCUCUUCUUUUGUGUUACUGGGGGUAAACACCCGUAUGGCGACAACAUCGAGCGUGAUGUCAAUAUUGUGAACGACCGAAAAGACCUAUUCUUGGUGGAGAAUAUGCCAGAAGCUAUGGACCUUUUUACUCGUCUCUUGGAUCCCAAUCCUGACUUGAGGCCAAAAGCCAUGGAUGUACUGCAUCAUCCUUUCUUUUGGAGUUCUGAGAUGAGACUCUCAUUUCUUCGAGACACUAGCGAUCGCGUUGAACUAGAAGAUAGAGAGAAUGAAUCUGAACUCUUGAAUGCAUUAGAAAGUACUGCAGCCGUCGCAGUGAAUGGGAAAUGGGAUGAAAAGUUGGAAGCUGCGUUCAUCAAUAACAUCGGCCGCUACCGGCGAUACAAGUAUGGCAGCGUUCGAGACUUGUUGCGCGUCAUUCGAAACAAGUUGAAUCACUACCGCGAACUUCCUCGAGAAAUUCAAGAAUUGUUAGGGCCUGUUCCUGAGGGAUUCGAUGGUUACUUCUCAAGUCGAUUUCCGAGACUCCUUAUUGAGGUUUAUAAAGUGAUGCUCGAGCAUUGUGUAGACGAGGAGUUCUUUCUCAAGUACACCACAACCAAUCUAAUGUAAUUUAACUAUUUUGUUUAUUUGAUUGUAACUUUGUAAAAGAAACUGUAUAAUAUGAUUUAAUACUAAAGUAUAGCUGAAUAUACUAAUAUUGAAAAUGUAAUCUUCACUUUAUUAAUGAUAAUUUAUGUUGGUAAUUA